UUGCUAGAAAGAAAAGAAAAAGGAAAUUUGUUUCAUCUUCUUCUCCAUCAAGCCCACGCCUCCCUCCUCUCCACUUUGCCGCCGCUCACCGCGGUAAGUUUGGGCGAGUGUUUUUGGAUCUUUAUGCUUACGGUUGGUUUUGAAAUACCCAUUAAAGGUUGGGUGCAAUUGGAACCCUCCUGAUUCAUUUCUUGAUUUUCCAUCAAGUUUGAGAUUUAGUUCAACAUCCAAUUUGGAUUGAAUUUGGGAAUUAGUUUGCAAUAGGAAAUUUUUAUUAAGUUAAGGAAAAUGACGGCACGUAAAGUUGCAAGUAGGGGUGGUCAAGGAGGCAGAGAAGCAGGGCACAAUCAAGUUGAUGAACAACCUGCUGAACAAGUUACCAAUCCUGUUGCACCCGUUUCCCAAGCUGAUCUUACUGCCAUGUCGACUCGGCUAGAGCAGAUGUUUAAAGACACCGUGACUAAAGUGUUGGCACAACAUCAGCUAGCCCAAGCAGCCCCUAGUCAGGGUCAAGCCGCACCACAGGAUCUGCCGAAUCAGUUGUCAGCUGAGGCUAAGCAUUUGAGGGAUUUCAGAAUAUAUGAUCCACAAACUUUUAAUGGAUUGUCGGAGGAUCCCAUUAACGUGAUGUUAUGGUUAUCAUCUGUGGAGAGAAUCUUUCAUUACAUGAAAUGUCCUGACAACCAGAAGGUUCAGUGUGCUGUGUUCCUGCUGAGGGAGAGAGCUGCCAUUUGGUGGCUUUCAGUAGAAAGGAUGCUUGGUGGUAAUGUUAACCAGUUUACGUGGGACCAGUUCAAGGAGAGUUUUUACGCUAAGUUUUUUCCUGCUAGCCUCAGGGAUGACAAACGUCAAGAGUUCAUAGACCUAAAGCAAGGUCAAAUGACACUUGAGGAGUACGAUUAUGAGUUUGACAUACUAUCCCUCUUUGCCCCUGAGUUGGUUGAGACCGAGGCUGCCAGAGCUCAGAGGUUUGUUUGGGGUCUGAAAAAUGAUCUUCGAGGUUUUGUUCGAGCCUUAAAACCAGCCACCCAAACUGAAGCAUUACGGAUAGCAAUGGACUUGAGUGCCCAUAAGGAUGAUGAUCCACCGAAGGUAUCAAGGAAUGGACCAUCUUCAGGUCAGAAGAGAAAGGCUGAGCAGAAGCCUAUCGAUGUUUCAUGGAGAAACUUGAGGUAAGGUGCGGCACUUCGCUGCUAUCAACAGGAGUUUGUUGAGGCGGAUAGAACUUUGUGAGAGAGAUACCUUAUUGUAGUACCAUUUAGGUUGCUGUGUGUCGGAGACUAUGGCUUUCUUCAAACUCAAGGGGAAAGAUUUGAAAAUUCUAUAAAUAAGCUUUUGAGACGCAGAAGAUGAAAAA